AUGUCACUGGGUUGUAUCUUCAUCCGAAAGCAUCGUUAUCAAAAGCACAUCCUGAGAACGAUAGCAGAGAAUAGCGUGCCGUUGCCGAAGGGACUGGACUCAUGCAAGGCGCUGAGGGGAUUUCUUAUCAUGCUGAACAGAAGUGGCAAGUUACUACACGUGUCCGACAAUGCCAGCGAAUACCUUGGACAUUCAAUAGAGGAAAUCAUGUGCCAAGGCGAUUCCAUCUUCGAUUUGGUUGAUUCUCGUGACCAUCCUACCAUUCACAAUGAGUUGAAUAGUGGACCUCAACCGACCACCUCGUUUCCUGAAGAACGAGUCUUCCUCUGUCGUCUGAAUCUGGCCAGAACUGCAAAACGUCAGCUACAGUAUCACAAAUUCAUUCUCCUUCAAGGACGAUAUAUUCAUCCAGCGGAAUACUUCCAAGCUAUCGCUAACACUCCGGAAGCGACUCAACCGAUAUUCGCCGCUUAUUGCCAGCCGGUGAUCAAUCCGGAAAAUGCCGAAACGCUGUCCAUGGGCAACACUGACGUGUUCAGCAGUCAGCAUUUUCUCGACAUGACAUUCAAAGAAGUCGAUCACAUGUGA